AAAUGAAUCUGAUAGCAGCAGAACAAGUGCUGGAGCCAUGGCACAAGCUAGAAGACAAAGUCGUUCUUGUCACUGGUGCUUCCUCCGGAAUCGGACGAGACUUCUGCAUCGACCUCGCUAAAGCUGGCUCCUACGUCGUCGCAGCAGCUCGCCGCCUCGAUCGCCUCACUUCCCUCUGCCACGAAAUCAACCGCCUCUGGCCCUCCCCCGCCGGAAACAUUCGCGCAGUGCCCGUCGAGCUCGAUGUCGCCUCCGAUGCCUCCACCAUCGACAAGGCCGUGCAGAAAGCCUGGGACGCCUUUGGCCGCAUUGAUUCCCUGAUUAACAACGCUGGUGUCAGAGGAAGUGUUAAAUCACCCUUGAGAUUGUCUGAGGAGGAGUGGGAUCAGGUUUUCAAGACUAACGUUACCGGUUGUUGGUUGGUGUCAAAAUAUGUGUGCAAACGCAUGUGUGAUGCCCAGAUAAAGGGAUCAGUUAUUAAUGUUUCUUCAGUUGCUGGUUUAAAUCGGGGGCAAUUGCCUGGAGCUGUUGCCUAUGCGUCUUCGAAGGCAGGAGUAAAUAUGCUGACCAAGGUCAUGGCGAUGGAAUUGGGAGUGCACAAAGUUAGAGUGAAUUCAAUAUGCCCUGGAAUUUUCAAAUCUGAAAUCACUGAAAAUUUAAUGCAAAAGAAAUGGCUUGAAGGUGUGAUCAGGAAAAUAAUGCCUUUGAGAAGAUUAGGUACUUCGGAUCCAGCAUUGACAUCUCUAGUUCGUUAUCUUAUUCAUGAUUCUUCAGAGUAUGUCACAGGCAACAAUUUUGUUGUUGAUUUUGGAGCCACCUUACCGGGUGUGCCAAUUUAUUCUUCUCUAUAAUUUAUGUAUACAUUGUUCGGUAUCCCAAUAUGAACCAUUCCAUUACAUCUUCAAA